AUGAGCCGGCCGCUUAUGGACCAUAUCGCCAGUAGUAGUUUCCGCGAAGAUGCCCCUCGACCCCCGGUGCCAGGGGAGGAGGGCGAUGCUCCACGCUACCCCAGCAAAGCCGCAGUGAUGAAACCCCUCGAAGCCCCCAAAUCCGCUCUGCUCGCCGGCUCUCCGGGCUCCUCGGCGCGGAGGAACGAGGAUGGUCUCGGAGAGCCGGAGGGCAGCGCCUCGCCGGACUCGCCGCUCUCCCGCUGGACGAAGUCCCUGCACUCCCUGCUCGGAGACCAGGAUGGCGCCGUUCUGUUCCGGACGUUCCUGGAGCGGGAGAAGAGCGCGGACGCCUUGGACUUCUGGUUCGCCUGCAACGGCUUCCGGCAGAUGGACCUGAAGGACACCAAAACGCAGCGGGUCGCCAAGGCGAUCUACAAGCGCUACAUCGAGAACAACAGCGUGGUGGCCAAGCAGCUGAAGCCGCCCACCAAAACCUUCAUUCGGGAUAACAUCAAGAGGCAGCAUAUCGACUCUGCCAUGUUCGACCAGGCGCAGACGGAGAUCCAGAUCGACAUGGAGGAGAACGCUUACCAGAUGUUCCUGACCUCUGACAUUUAUCUAGAGUAUGUUCGGACCGGCGGGGAGAACCCGAGCCACGUCAGCCCAGGCUCUUUGGGCAGCCUGAAAGUUGUAUGUGGAUACCUGCCCACGCUCAACGAGGAAGAGGAGUGGAGCUGUGACUUAAGAGCCAAAGCCCUGCUGGGACUGAAGGGGCAGAGGGUCCCCAUUACGCAGAGAGCAGAGGAGAUGAUGGAGAAGGGGUACAGAUCCUACAAGAGAGGUGAGCAGAUCAACCCCUACCAUGCAGGCGCCUUCGCCCCUGUCAGCAGCACCAACGACAGCGAGGUUUCCAGCGACGCCUUGACUGACGACGCCAUGUCUGUGACUGACGGCAGUGUAGAUGGCAUCCCUCCAUAUAAACUGGGCUCCAAGAAGCAGCUACAGAGAGAGAUGCAACGAAACAUGAGGAUGAACAGCCAAGUCUCUCUGCCUGCUUUCCCUCGUACGACCCGUCCUCCAAAGGAGGUGGUGCCCCUGGAGCCGGCGCAGUUCGCAGCCCAGCUGAUCUCCCGCCUGGAGAACUUGAAGAGGAAGCAGGACACCUUCAACUCUCUGGAGGAGCGGCUGCAGCAGAUUCAGGAGGAGGAGGAAAGAGAGGAUUCAGAGAUCUCUGUUAGCGCUCCGCAGCUCUCUCCGCAUCCUCUGGCCCUCCUGUCAGGCUCCUCCGACGAAGACCCCCAGGCCAUUCUGGAUGAGCACUUGUCUCGGGUCCUCAAGACCCCCGGCUGCCAGUCGCCCACCGUCGUCCAGCACUCGCCUCGCUCCAGCUCCCCGGAGAACCGACCGUACACCUGCGGAGGCAAACCCAGGGCCGGGUCGUCCGCUUCUCCUGUGUCGAGUCCGGACUCAGGGGCUUUCGCUCUGAGCCUGGGCUCCAGCAGAACCCUGUUGAGUAGGCAGAGCACCAAGCACAUCCACCACCACUACAUCCAUCACCACGCCAGUCCAAAGUCCAAGGAGCAGAUUGAACGGGAGGCGGCCCUCAGGGUGCAGGGCGUCUGCUCUGCCGCCGGCCGCUGUCAGUCCUGCCAGGCUUACCCACGCAGCCGCAGUCUGGGCAGAGAGAUGUGUGGCUCCGUCUCCACCGAUAGCAGCAUGGGGCGCUCCAGCUCCCUAUCGAGACGCGUGUGUCGCUCGGGGGCCGAAGAGGGGGUCACAGACGGCUGCAUGGACGACUGUGGGAUCUCACAGCUGCCCACAGACACAACCGACCCCACCGAGAACAUUCGCCAGUGGAUCCUGGAGAGCAAACGGCAGAGCCGACACAGUAACCAGAGCGCCAAGAAAUUUGGAGGCUCAUCAACACAGACGCACACCUGGGGCGGCGGAGGAAGCUGCGGCCACCUGCGAAGCCACCAACCGGCUCAGCCCUUCAUCCAAGACCCUGCUAUGCCGCCCCUACCCCCUCCCAACACCCUGUCCCAGCUGGAGGAGGCCUGCCGCAGACUGGAGGAGGUUUCCACCAAGACCCCCAAACAGAGGCAUUCUUUGGCCAGCCUUCAACGAGAGAAGACCCACCAAGUCACAGUCCACGCAGGGGGGUCAGCCCUCCCCAGUCCUGCCCCUCUCGGUCCCCCUGGCCUCAUCUCCACCUGCCCGGGUCUCCUCCAAUCAGAAGAAUGUAAGAAGGUCUUGGGCGGCCACGCGGCAUGCAGCGGGGAGAUGGUGGUGACGUACUUCUUCUGCGGCGAGGAGAUCCCGUACCGCCGCACCAUGAAGAGCCACAGCCUCACCCUGGGUCACUUCAAGGAGCAGCUCCGUAAAAAGGGCAACUACAGGUACUACUUCAAAAAAGCCAGCGACGAGUUUGAGUGCGGCGCCGUGUUCGAGGAAGUGUCGGAUGACGGCUUCUUGCUGCCCACGUACGAGGGGAAGAUCCUGGGGAAGGUGGAGCGGAUGGACUGACUCGGAACCGCCGGGGAUUACUGACCCGUCACUAAGCUGAGACUGAAGGAACGGAGGUGGGGUGAUGGAAGGAGGGCUGGCGAAAGGCCAGAGAAGAAGACACGGAUGUUACGGGACAAUUAAAGGACCCGGCUGGGACGGAGGGGGAACCUGGACUGUGUGUUGCUGAAGUUUCUAGAGACUGGAGGAGAACGACCACUUGUCAGCGACGUGGGCCGGUGGGUUUACCGUGAGACUGAGAGCCCACCUGGAACCCCGCCUGUGCUGACCACAAGCACUCACUAGCACAUUACUAGUAUGUAUCUGCAGAUAUACAUUGUACAUUGUAUAGAUAUCUAUUACUAUUUAUUGCAAAUAUCCCAGAGACAAAUCGCUUGGAUUGGAAAACUCCAAGAUUCCUCCCUUCAGAGCAAAAGGAAAGCUUUCUCUUCCUUUUGUCAUUUUGUUUAAUUUUUUUUUUUUUUUUUCUGCCGGAGCGUCGACUCAGAGUUUGAUCACAUAUUUACUGCUGCAGUGCUAUUUGUGGAUGUGUUCCCCAUCUGCUCUGAAGGGCUCCUAUAUGGAAAAAAAACACACGAAAAAAAAGCAAAGAUGCUAUUAAUGUUUAAUUCCCUGCUUUGGGACUCUGCCCAGCUCGCCUUGAUCAGUCACGUCUUAGUGCCUUUUGUUUCCGUGGCGCAGGCAUCGCACAGACAGCCUACAUAUGUAGAGGAAACGGGUCCUCGAGCUCCCCCCUGAAAAUGUGUUUACACCAAUGUUAUCAAUGUUAUCUCAGUGUGUGUGUGGGCGUGCGUGUGUGUGUGUUCUGCACUUUGAGCUGCAGAUGAAGAUGAUGUUCAUGCUGUUUUCAUCGAGUGUACAGUAACUGUGCAUACAUGGGUUGUUGCCAUGUUUUUACCCAGUUUUCAGGGUCCGUUUACUCCCUUGGUUUUUACAAGGGGCCUUUCAUGUUUGGAGAAAAAGAUAUUUUUUAUGCCGUUUUUAUUUUUAGUACCCCCGUUUCAUCCCGACGUCCUGUGUUUUCUGAUAUUUUCCAUGGCUUCUCCAGCUCCACGUGUAAACUGUAAAUUAUGCGUUCCAUAAAGCUACCGUUUAAAAAGAUGCCUCGGUACUUUAAUUAUUGUAAUUAUAAAGAGAUGUAGCCUUUAUUAAAAUGCUCUAUUUUUCAAAUUA